GAGCGGCACACGUUGUAGCACACGCGGUGGACGCGGCAAGAAAGAAGGACGUGCUAGGUAAGAUAGUAAUUUUGCUGGCAGUCAUUGAAUUACAUGGAAGACGUAUGGCGAUGAAGGGACAUUUUGGCGUGGUGUGUGUGUGUGUGGCCCUGGUCGCCCAGUCAGCCUUCACUCAAGUCCACCAGGGGCGCACUUUCGAGAUCGAUUACGAGAAUUCCCAGUUCCUGAAGGACGGCCAGCCCUACCGCAUCGUGUCAGGCUCCAUCCAUUACUUCCGCGUGCUCGCCGCAGACUGGUUCGACAGGCUGUGGAAGCUGAGGAUGGCGGGAUUCAAUACUGUACAGACAGUGGUCGAGUGGGCGACGCAUGAGCCGCGGCAGGGCGAGUAUCACUUCUCUGGGAACAAUGACCUGGAGGCGUUUAUCAAGACGGCACAGCGGGUGGGGCUGGACGUCAUCCUGGACAUCGGUCCCUACAUCUACGCAGAGAGGGAUAUGGGUGGAUUACCUUACUGGCUCCUGAAGCAGCACCCAGACAUCCGCCUGAACACAUCAAGCCCCGCGUUCAAGAGACACAUGGACAACUGGAUGAGGAAGGAGCUGCUGCCCAGGAUACGACCCAUGAUGUAUGAGAGUAACGGCCCGAUCAUCAUACUGACGGUGAAUCUCAUAUUCAUGAAGGAAUUCCUGAAGGAGCUUGGCCCACGCACUGUAGUCUACAUCCCGUACAGCCCCAUGAGCAGCCUGGUGAAGGGCAAGAUUCCGAGGGUGUAUGAGACAGAUGACUGCUUUGUGGGCAGGAAUCCCGGCUGGACACAGCGCUUGACUAAGCCCCAAUGUCCCUUCAUUUACUUGGUGUACGGUGGCUGGUGUGACAACUGGGGGGAGCCACACCACACCGUCAGUACGAAGGCGGUGGUGGAGAGACUUGAACACUACCUCCCCAUGAACGUCUCCGUCAAUAUGUUGAUGUUCCACGGCGGCACCUCCUUCGGUCUCACUUCAGGUUCCAGCUUAAGAGACAAAUUCCGGGCUAACCCAACCUCUUACGACUAUGACGCCCUGUUGUCUGAGGCAGGCGACUUCACGGACAAGUACCUAGCCAUCAGGGACGUGAUGAGCAAGUACCUCCCCGUGGCGAAAGGACCCAUACUCAGGGCGACGAAGAAGGGUGUGUAUGGCGUGAUAAACAUGACAGCUAUCGAAAAUGUGUGGAAGGUAGCAGCUCGCCUCCCCACCGUCAGGAACCGUUUUCCUCUUACCUUCGAGGGGCUUGAUAUCUCCGCCGGCCUCGUCAUCUACUCAUCCAGCAUUCCCCGCAGGAUUCUGGGCACAGUACGCCUAAAUCUCCCCAGCGUGCGUGACCGCGGGUACGUGUUCAUGGGCGGGAGGAGCGCGGGCAUCGUGACGCGGGACCAGGGCCUGACGACGGACUUGGCAGUGAGGAUGGCGCCGGGGGACACGAUUACUGUCGUGGUGGAGAGCCAGGGCAGAAUCUCCACUGGAUUUCACAUGGAUGACUUCAAGGGCAUUACCUCCAACGCUACCCUGAAUGGACACAUUUUGGAAGGGUGGAACAUGACUGCCAUACCUCUGACAGACACCUCCAUACUUCCUGACGCUCCUUUACGCAGCCUUCAUCACCCACCAGUCACCCCUGGUACUCCCAGCGGUGGUCUCACCUUCUACAUAGGGGUUUUCAUAGUGCCUGACGAAGAUCCUCAUCCUCUGAACACGUUCCUGCGGCUUGAUGGCUGGAGCAAGGGAGUGGCGUGGGUCAACAGGUUCUGUCUGGGGAGGUACUGGCCUGAGGUGGGUCCGCAAGUCACUCUCUACGUGCCUUGGUCAAUCCUGAAGCGUGGCCAGAACGAGCUGCUGCUUCUUGAGUUGGAACGUGCUCCCUGCUCCUCCUCUCUCCCCUGCACCGCCUCCCUGCAGGACAAGCAUGUGCUGGACGGACCCACGUCCACCUAACACCUUCGUACUGGGAUUUCAUUAGGACUUCCAUUAGGACGUACAGUUGAGGGAAGCAAGUGUAAAGGUAGCUAUAUAUUAUACCUUUCCUUUCUUUAAUAUCAAUAGUUUUCUCUAACACUGUACUCGUUAGAUGUUUGCUCGCACUGUUAAUCUCUCGUAGGCUGGGACUCACUAACGGUCCCAACUUAAGAUGUUCGUACGCAAUGAUACGAAAUCCGUAUGAACUCUCUGAGAUAAAAAAAAAAAUAAAUAAAUAAAUAAAAAUAAAUAAAAAUAAAUAAAUAAAAAAAUAAAAUAAAUAAAAUAAGAUAAAAUAAAUUAAAGUAAAUAAAUAAAUAAAUACACCAAACUUUCCUAAUAUAUUUUCAGUUUGGUUUUCUUCAUUGUGUUAUCAUGUAAAUGUGUUAAAUGCAUAGCAUCAUGCCUUUAUCAUGUUCUACAUUUAAUAAAUAUUAAUGAAUGCUG